AUGGUUACUGUAGUGCGAUCCCGAAGGUCUGGGGACCUUAGUGAUCUUAUUGAGCGUAGUGCUGCUCUGGCUGGAGAUGUUGUACCUGCUCAGUACCGAGCCGUUUUUGCUACCACACCUUCCAUUCGACCACCAAUCGCCUUCAUUGAUGCACUGAUCCCACCAAUCCGGCACUAUCUUUCUCUUGUUCGCCGUCUUCGACAGCAACAGAACAAGGAUUCAAAGAUGCAGAAAACAAAAGAGACCAACAAGCAUGAAAAACAAAGGCUCCAAUUCCAGUCCACCUUUCCUCCAAUCCACAAACAUCGAUAUCCAGAUCUCGAUCUCGAGGCAAGUAUCUCAGCAACCAAACUAAAGUCUGACCAAUCUAGCAAUAGCGACUUGAUCUUGCGCAAUCUCCCCAGUCCGUGUCAUUCACUGGCAGAGCGCCGAAUACGAAAUGGGAUCACGCUGCAAACAUUCAAGUCGCCGAAGAAGCUCUCGUCUGAACCUACCUAA